UCUUCUUCCGACCUGCCCUCCCAAUCUACGCCAUGACAAACCAUAUAGCACUAACAAUGCAGCAAAACUUAACAUCCAACCUCCCCAAUCCUCUGCAACCAACCCUCACAUCCAUUCUUCAUCACCACUAUCCCAUCCCAUCCCUUCUCCUCCCCAUCCUCAUCUUCCUCAUCUCACUCCUCACCCUCAUCAUCUCCCACCGCCCCCGCCCAAUCUAUCUCAUCAACUUCUCCUGCUUCAAACCACAGAACCAAUACAAAGUCACGAGAGAAACAUUCAUGAAACAAUUCAAAAGCAGGGGAACGUUCACCGAUGAGAGCGUGGGGUUCCAGCGCCGGAUGCUGGAGAGGUCCGGCAUCGGGCAGGAAACUUACCUUCCUGAAUCUCUUCUAGGAACGCCGAUCAACAUGUGCGCGAAGGCGGCGAGGAAGGAGGCGGCGAUGGUGGUGUUUGGAGCGGUGGAUGAGCUGAUGGAGAAGACGGGAGUGAGGGCGAAGGAUAUUGGUGUGGUGGUGGUUAAUUGCUCCAUCUAUAAUCCGACGCCCACCAUGGCAGCGAUGCUUGUUAAUAGGUAUAAACUAAGGGGGAAUGUGAGAAGCUAUAAUCUUGCGGGGAUGGGCUGCAGCGCGGGAGUUAUAGCGCUUGAUUUGGCCAAGCGACUUCUUCAG